UCGGGUCCGGCUCCCAGUGAGGCGCGGGCCGCGGGCGGGGUUGCGCCGUGUGUCUGGCCAGCGUCGCAGGGGCUUCCGAGGCCCUGAAACGUGAGGGAGUCCGAAAAGGGAGACUGGGAGGGCGCAGGGAGGCGCGGCGAUAGGAAACACUGUGUCAUGUCCCCGGGCUGUCAGGCUCGGACCCGCAGGACUGGCGGCCUCGUACUGGGCGGCUCGGGCGUUUCACAGGUUUGUCUCGCCGGUUCUCAUAGCACCUUCUUCUGUUGAGGAGAAACCGGUGACGCAGCCCGAGUCGUGCUGGGGUUUACACUCGGUCUCGGGUUCUAAAGUCGGCGUUCUCUCCACCACUCCCGCAAUACCUCCUUCAGGCGUUUAGGUCCUGCCCAACUGGUAAGGCUUAGAGCUCCGUCAUUCCAAGUUUCAGUGUUGGUGAAAUCAACUUUGCUCAGGAAUGAGAACUAAGCGAAAUUUCUUCUGUGAAUCGUCUUUAAGAGAUGACACGGUAUGUAAUGACAUGGCAAUAGUCUGAACAUCCCUUCCACCUUGUGUAGAAUGGGACGGUGAUUUUCAACCUUUAGUGCACCUCUGUGGAGAGCUUAUAAAAAAUUCAGAUGUCCAGUCCAGCCCUAGACCUAGUAAAUCCUAAUGUCUCAGUCAUUACAAUAGGAAUUUUCCCUCCACCACUUAUUCGAGUCUCUCUGUUCCAACAGUGACGUAAUUCCAAAGCGUGUCACUGAAAGUUUUGUGAAUAGGUAGCUUUUGAUGGUCUGAAUUGAUAAAGGAGUAAGUUUAAAUUACCUGGCGUAUUGCACGUUCUGUCCGCCCUUCAGGUAAAUCCACCUCGGAAAUGUUUUUAGAAUCAGGUUUCUGAUAAGAAUUUAACAGCAGAAAGUUUGAAGUCUCUAGCAGAGCAGAUGUGUUGCCCAUGAAGGACAGUCCCCUUCUGGUGCCAACUGAAUCAAGAGGCAGCAACAUUCUUAUAUGAAGUUUAGGGAGGCCAGUCCGGAAAUUACCUUCCUUAGAGGUAAGCUGAAGGAGACCCUGCCCGUGAGGCUGCACUUCUCAGUAGUUUUGGGUUUCUUCCCUGGCACAAAUUUUAAUUAAAUUCUUCUUUUCCUUAUCCAUAUUUUAACUUAGUGGAUGAACUAUAUAUUUGUAAGAAUUCUACAGCCUGACCCCUUGAUGCUCUUUAGCUCAUAUAUAUGUAACAGCCAUCACCCUCCUUCAGUAUCAUCUCCUCUCUGGUAGACAGCUAAGGUAGCAUUACAUCUGUAAGCACCAGGGGAGCUGCCUGUCUGACCAGGACCCUCUUUGUGUUGGCCUGCACACCACCCUAAGAAGCACUUUUUAACGGUUUAUGUCAUUCUUUUCUCUGGAAUUGCUGUCACAAGCUUUGUAUCUCUCAAGACCUUGUGAAGCAUCUAUAAGGCAUCGAGAUACCAGUUACAUGUCAGGACCAGUUUGGUAAUAUACAAUAGGUUCAUUUCUAAUUAUGUUUUUAAAAUAUGUGAAGUUCAGGAAUUCUGAAGAUACCAACCCUGAGCAUAUAAUAGGUCUAAGAAGGAGGAACAUGAGGCAAAUUACAAAUUUUGACAGUCACAUCUUUACUUAGACUUUAUUAGGCCAGAGUUAUCAGUAUCCUCCUUUGCUUAGAACCUCUGUGAAGCCAUUCUUUGAGUUCUAGUCAUUUUUCAAAUUUCUCUUGUCUGAAGACAGCAUAGUGCACUCAGGAUCUCUUUCUGACCUGAAAACACUGAAGAGAAAAAAAAAAAAAGAACUCUCCUGAGUUUCCUUCCUUGGUCACUGAGGAGACCUUUUUUAGCAGGAAUUAAAGAAGCCUUACUCUGAACCAUCAUUGUUUUCCUCUUGUCAAACAAGCUCACUUUCCUGCCUUGUUCUACCUCUAACCAUGAUGCCUAGCAGCCCCUGAGCAUCUGCUGUCUUGGUGGAAGCGGUUUUUUCUUUAACAAAGGUGGCCUGUGUGACAAAACAGCCCUCUCUGUAUGGUGUCACCCCGGUGUGGUGAAUCUGUACACUCAGUCGGGACCCCAAGUAGCAGGCUCUUGAGUACAAACAUUACCCUUGACAAGUGGUGUCUCAAAGUAUGGGAAGGAAGAGGGGAAAGAAAGAGGCCUAAGGACAAGAGCUGACUGGGAGGUCCCUGUGGUUUUGAAAGUGUUCUGUGUUUAGACAGAGACCACAAGCAGUCCAGUGUGUGCCUACUUUCUACCCUCAAGCUAGGCUGAGUAUAUCUACUUGGCAGAUUUGCAUAAUAGUCAGUGGAGAUUUUCCCUUUGCGCUUCCUGUUAUAGCUACUCACAUAAUUGUAGCUUCUUUCGUAGUUUUUUUUUCUUCUAGAUUAUGAUCUUUUAUUCCCUUCCCCAUUAGUUGCUGUAAGGUUCUUGUUUUAUUCUUUCUUCAGAAGAUACACUGCCCCCAAUCAAAUAUUCCUUCUUAAUGAGUAAUAAAUCCUUCUGCAGAAUGAUGAAUAAAAGUGGAGAUUGAAUUGUGAGAUGUAAGGUACAUGCUGCCUUUUGGUUUUACGUGGUUUCUUUAAGAUACAUGUCUCUAUUCCAUAUUCUAUAAAGAAAUCUGGAAAUAUCCUAGUCCCAGCCUUGCCUACAGGAGGGAUCCAUGGAGAAAUGAAAGCUGGUGAUUCAGGGAAAAGAAGAGUAAGAAUAAAUGGACAUUUCUUCAUUGUUAGAGAUUGUUUUAUUCCUCGUGUUUAAAAACAGUAAAGGGGACAGAAGGACCCUUAAAGAAGCCAAUCUGAAAAGGUGACAUACUGUGUUUUUCCAACUAUAUGACAUUCUGGAAAAGGCAAAACUUUAGAGACAGUAAAAAGAUGAGUGGUUACCAGGGUGGAACACAGAGGACUUUUAGAGCAGUGAGUAUACUCUAUAUUAUAACAAUGGAUACCUGUCAUUAUACGUUUGUGAAAACCUAUAGAACGUAUGACAGCAGUAGUGAACUCUAAUAUGAUCUAUGGACUUUGGAUGAUAAUGAUGUGUCAGUAUACUUUCAUCAGUUGUAACAAAUGUACCUCUCUGGUGAGGAAUGUUAGUGGAACAGACUGUACGGCCCGAGGGGAAGGGAUGGCAAGGUGGGGCAUUGUAUGAGAACUCUUUGUUCUUUUGGUUCAGUUUUGCUGUGAAUCUAAUAAAACUUCUCUUUAAAAAAAAGUUUAUUAAUUUUUUAAAAAGUGAAGUUAGCAGGUAUAUGAAAAGGGGUAGUAAAAGGAUUGCUAGCAAAUUGAGGAUGUAUUAGAAGUGAACAUGAAUUUCUUGGUGAGCCUGCAGGCAGGGUUUUGUAGAACAUUUGACAGCCUAGAACACAGAAGGAGGCAGGGUAGAGAAUUCAGGCUACAGCAGUCCAUAUUCCAGAACCUGUGGGUUUAACCUCGGCACCAGUGGUCCUUAAACUAGGCUACACAUUGGGAUCAUCAGGUGAGAUUUUUAAACCAAAUACCAAACCGAAUUUUAAAUCAAAUACUAAACACACCCAAAACGAAUUGCAUGAAUACCUGGGAUUGGGACCAGGCAUACAUAGGUAUUGUUUUUAGUGCUUCAAGUGACUUGUCACAGGCCACCAGGGUUGAGAGCCACUACCCUACACUGGACUGCCUUUCUAAAAGUGCUCUACAUUUAGCAUGCAAUUGCUCUCUUCUUUAAGCAUGAAAAUAGGUGUAUGAAAUAGUUUCUGUCCUUAAAAAAUGUAGUUGGGGAGACAGGAACUCUAGAAGAAAAUGAUAGUAUGCAAAGUGACAUCAGACAAGGAAUAGAUCUUUAGAUCCCGGUGGUGAGCAGAACAAGGGAGUGCUGUUUAUUGAGAAUAUGACCUGGACUAGGCUCCUUGCUAAUCCGGUACAAGAUAAUCCUGAGAGUUAACUAGUCUCUCUGGUUUAGAAAUGAGUAAACUGGCUCAGAGAGGAAAUACCCUGUCCAAGGUCAUGCCCCUAAUCAGUGGUGGAAAUACCCCCUAAGCAGUGCUGUGUGCUCUUCCCACCACUGAGUUCUGCCUGAAAGAGGUGGUCAUACAAGAAUGGCUGCAGGAGGUGAAACUGGAAGUGGGAAGAAUGUUAGGCUGAGCAGGGUGGUGUAUGAAAAGGGAACAGAAAAAGAGACGGUUAUAAUGGUGGAUUAGAAGCGUAAUGAGGAGUUGGGGUUUUAUGUAGCUUUUUAAAAAAAUAGUAUUAGGUAUGAUAUAUACAAAUAAUUUUUUGGAAUGUCAAAUUUGUUAUGUUAGAAGAGGAAGGAAAAUUAUUUAGCUGACCAUUUAAACAAUCCAAAUGAGUAUGAAUAUCUAGACACUGUAAUGCAGUAGGAUUAUAAAAGGGUGGACCAGUGUGGAAGACAUGGAGAAGUAACUGACUAAAUUUGACAUCACUGAGAGAUAAAUUAUGUUGCUUAAAAAUAAAACAAGAACGGCUUCUUUUCCCCUCUAAAUGAGUGGACACAGACUCAACAAGAUCAACCUGUUUCUCUUAAGAUACAUCACGAAAGCAAAGGGAAGGAGUCUUAGCCAUGUGGUUAUUAAUUUCUUCUCUAGAUAACACACUGACGAUGGAGAAGGAGGUGGGCAUGUUCCAAAUGAAUCCUUUCUCAUCAGAACGCUUAAGGACUAAAACAUCUAGAUGCUGCUGCAGCAGCUGAGGCCUGAGCACAUAUCCCAUUGUUUCCAGUGACCUAUAAAGAGGUCAUUCAUCACCAGCUGCACACACACACCUCCCUUCAGGGCCAGCAGGGGGUAGCCAGGUAAGAGGUCAUAAGUGUCUCACACCUGAGAUACGUGGGCUCCCCCAGGUUAACAAGAGCUCUUCAAGAUAAAUUAACUCACCAGUUAUUUGAAAACUGCCAGCCGAAAAGUCAAUCACAUACUGAAUAACAAAGGAUUAUUAGGAUGAGUUAAUACAUAUAAAGUGCUUAGAAUAGUGCCUGACACAGUAGUAAAAGCUGUAUUAGUACUGGCCAUUAUAGUGAUUAUUAAAAUUCAAACAGAGCAUGGUGCCUGUAUUCAAGCAUAGUAUAUAAAAGUUUUGUCAGCUGGCUUUAGCUACUUUAGGAGGGCAAUGUGGUGAUCAGAGAAAGUCACAGUGCUCUGUAUCAGGAAGGCCUAGGUCAUAGUCAAAGGAGGGUUUUUUUUCAGGGCCUCACACUAAUUCACUGGGGGUGGAAUGGGAUAGAGGGGAAGAGAAGACUUAAGGAUGAUACCAAGUCUUGAGCCUGAGAAACUAAAUAAACCAUUUAGAAAUAGGGAAGCUAGCUAGCUUUAAGAGCAGAGAUUUUUAAGUUUAGGAGUAUUAUAGGAAUGGAUGGAAAUUUUUUAAAUAACAUCAUUUUUUGUUUUUUUUUUGUUUUGAAAAUUUCUAACAGAUUUCUUGAGCUAUAGUUUACACACCAUAAAAUUUACCCAUUUUAAAUGAAUGAUUCAGUUAUUUUUUAGUAGAUUUACAGUUAUGUAAGCAUCACCACAAUUCCAAUUUUAGAACAUUUUCAUCACCCUAAAAAGAUCCCUUGUGCCCAUCUUGAGUCAUUCCUUGUUAUUACUCCCAGCUCUUUCUGUUGGUUUUUUUUAAAUAAUUAUUUAAAGUAAUUUUUCUUUUGCAGGAUGGCAUAGUGAAUCCAACAAUAAGAAAAGAUUUGAAAACUGUACCGAAAUUCUACUGUUGUCCAAUUGAAGGAUGCCCUCGAGGCCCUGACAGACCAUUUUCUCAAUUUUCUCUCGUAAAACAGCACUUUAUGAAAAUGCAUGCUGAAAAGAAACAUAAAUGCAGCAAGUGCAGCAACUCCUACGGCACUGAAUGGGACUUAAGAAGACAUGCGGAAGACUGUGGCAAGACCUUCCAGUGCACGUGCGGCUGUCCCUAUGCCAGCAGAACUGCACUGCAGUCCCAUGUCUACCGAACUGGCCAUGAGAUCCCUGCAGAACACAGGGAUCCACCUAGUAAGAAAAGGAAAAUGGAAAACUGCCUGCACAACCAGAAGUUGUCCAGUAAGACCGUCGAAUCACUGAGCAGCCAACAAACCCCAAGACCAGAUACUCAAGAACUGGAAACUUCAGAAAUAAAGCUGAUGGCUUCUUUUGAAGACUCUUGCAACUCUACUGCCAGAAAGCAGACUCUGACAACACCUCCAAGGUACCCUCAGAAGUUGCUUUUACCGAAGCCCAAAGUGGCUUUGGUUAAACUCCCCGUCAUGCAGCUUUCUCCUGUGCCUGUCUUUGUGCCUACAGCCGACUCCUCAGCCCAGCCCGUGGUGUUGGGUGUCGAUCACCAAGGCUCUGCCCCGGGAGCUGUGCACUUACUCCCCUUGUCCAUAGGAACCCUGAUCCUCGGCCUAGAUUCAGAGGCUUGCUCUCUCAAGGAGAGCCUCCCUCUUUCAAAACUUGUAAAUCCUGUUGCUGUUGAGCCAGUUAGCACAGGUGUUCAAGUGAACUUGGGUAAAAGUCCAUCUCACCCUUUACAAGAACUAGGGAACACAUGUCAAAAGAACAGCAUUUCUUCAAUCAAUGUACAGACAGAUCUGUCUUAUGCCACACAACACUUUAUUCCUUCUGCACAGUGGGCUAGCCCUGAUUCCUCUGUAUCGUCUUGUUCUCAAACUGAUUUGACAUUUGGUUCUCAAGUUUGCCUUCCCAUUAGUGUUCAUACUCAAACUUUUUUGCCCAGUUCUAAGGUAACCUCAUCUAUUGCUGCUCAGACUGAUGCGUUUAUAGAUGCCUGUUUCCAGUCAGGUGGGAUCUCUAGAGAAACUCAAACCAGUGGGAUGCAAAGUCCAACAGAUGAUCGAGUGCAGAUGGACCAAGCUGUAAUGUGUGGAGAUAUUUUUGAGAGUGUCCAUUCAUCAUACGGCGUUUCGGCAGACAGUAUUAUAAGCAGCAGCUUGGUAACAGAGACCGUGACUCAUGGUUUGUUACCUCAGAACCACCCUAAGACUUUACAUCAAGAUAUUGAGAAAUCCGCACCAGUUAUAAACUUCAGUGCACAG